CGUGUACAGUACAUUUUUUAAGAGAUAAUACUACGUGUGUAGAGCUUUUGCAUGCAUAUAUCUCACCCGGUCACCGGAUAGUCGUAUCAUAUACACACAAUAUAUUUACUUCUUUAUCAUACUACGUGUAUCAUAUACACGCAAUUUACUAAUCUAUUAUACUAGGUCGCAAGAUAGUUCCAUCACUUACACACAAUACACUUACAUAGCACCUGAGUAAGUAUGGACGGAUUGAUAACCUUUCACAUUAUCGAGGCGGAGCUGCCAGAGGGUUGCAAGGCCAACUGUCGCCUGGAACUGAACGGCAAGAAUGUGUCGAAGUCACGUGCUUCGCCUGAAAGUGACAAGCCUAAAUUCAACUAUCACACUUCUGUUUUGGUGGAACCAGAGGACAAACUUGUUCUCCAGAUACAAAAAAAGAAGCUUCUAGGCCAUGGACUCGUUGGGGAGGCCGUUGUGCCCAAGUUGGAGGAAAAGGAGGAGAUGGAAGGCAAAGAAAGGAGUACAGUUAACCAUGUACACCCGAAACACUGUCGACCUUUGGUAGUUAGAUACCUUUAA